GGAAGUCGAGAAAGAGGCGAGAAAGAACGUGAUGGAAUUAGUUACGUGUCCAGAGCACGGGACCAUCUGCUUUCUGAAGACCGGCGUCCACGAUGGCCCGAAUAAAGGAAAGAGCUUCUACGUGUGCCGGGCGGACGCAUGCAACUUCGUGCAGGCCACUGACAUUCCUGUUUCUCAUUGUUUAUUGCAUGAGGGCUUUGUGGUAGAGCUUCAGGGCUUGCUUCCACCGAAGGAUACAAAAGACUAUAGAUUGUUCUUCCGAUGCAUUAGAAGUAAGAACGAGAGGAAGCAAUGGUGUGGGUAUAUCCCCUGGCAGGAACCUGAUUCCAAAGAGCGUUCUGUAACCAGCAAGUCUCAGCGUGCAUCUGAGCCAUUUCAUUAUCCUUCCAUCCAGCAGAGAAACCCGUUCAAGGUACUUGACAAGAAUCAAGAACCACAGCUCUGGAAACAGUUCAUCAAAGGUGAAGAGAAGGACAAGAUGGCUGACAAGAAGCAAAGGGAAAAGGGAGACCUGCUCUUGGAUCAAAAGAAGGAACAGAGGCCUGAACCUAACUGCCGGAUGGAGAAAGAUCUCUCACCUGGCCUGGUGGUAGAGGAAAAAUCUGCAGGUCAAGAGCAGCCACGAGGGGAGAAAACAGACCUUCGGUAUGAAGCAAAGGAGAUUGAAGGGACGCACAAAAGAAACCCUUCUGAAAUUAAAUCCAAACAGUGCCAUGGUAAUGAGGUGAGAAAACCUGCAUCUGCUCAGGAGAAACCAAAGGGUGAGAAUUAUGUUCAAAGAGAAUCAGAACCUCUGAGAGAAAAGGAAACCAAGCCUUUACCUCAAAUUCCUCACAGCCAAAACCCAAUGAACAAGCCCCUGGAAGGGGAACACCUCAACAAAGAAUGGCCCAAGAGCCAGGAGGCCAGAGAGACAAAGGCAAAGGAUGACCGGAGCAUGCAGACCACUCAGAAGACGCUGCUCCAGGGCCAUCUCCAGGCUCAGCCACAGGCCUGUCAAGCACCUGCUCCAAAAGGACCAGCGACCCAGACCGUGCCACUGGCUGCAGGGCCUCCCCUGGGAGGGCGGCGAGAAGCAGACACAGGCAGCAGUGACAGUGAGGAAGAUGAUGUUGUUUUUGUUUCUUCUGAGCCAGGGAGCCCCUUACUUUUAGACAUGACCCUGGACUCACAGAAGAAGGAGAACCUUCAAUUCCCUGGUCAAACUGUGCAAAAAAGAAAGUCUCCUGCCUCAGGUGUUUCCAGAAAGAUAGAACCUACAGACUCAGCAGCCCAACGUGUGCACCUUAUGACGCAACUGAAACAAAAGAAGAGCACACUGGCAUCGGUGAAUGUUCAGGUGCUUCCAGACAAAGGUCAGAAGUUGCUCAAGCAGAUCCAGGAGUUGGAGGAAGCACUCGGUGCUCUCGCCCUCUCCCCAGAGCAAGGCACGGAUGCAAAGAGUAACACUCAAGCACCUCAACAGAGUAACUUCACCAAAACUGCCCAUGACCCUCCCCAUUUGGUGCCAGCCAAGCCCCUGCAGGGUCAGGACCUGCAGCCUCCGGGGUCUCUGGGACUGAAGGCUGCCUGCCAGGGAGCUGCUGGGCCGCACAAUCAGUGCUGUGGGGGCCCUAUGAAACAGGAUCGCCUUCUCUCUGUGUGGAAAGUCACAAGUGAAGCCAUUGACGAGCUGCAUCGAUCACUUGAGUCAUGUCCUGGCGAGACAGCUGUGGCAGAGGAUCCAGCUGGAUUGAAGGUCCCUUUGCUACUGCACCAGAAGCAGGCAUUAGCCUGGUUACUAUGGCGAGAAAGUCAGAAGCCACAAGGAGGAAUUCUGGCGGAUGAUAUGGGAUUAGGAAAAACCCUCACAAUGAUUGCACUCAUCCUGACCCAGAAGAAUCAAGAGGAAAGCAAAGAAAAGGACAAAAACGUAGCCUUGACUUGGCUUUCCAAAGAUGGCUCCACUGAGAUUAUUUCCCAUGGAACACUUAUCAUCUGUCCUGCUUCCCUGAUCCAUCACUGGAAAAAGGAGGUGGAGAAACGUGUGAGCAACAACAAACUAAGAGUCUGUCUCUAUCAUGGGCCAAACCGGGACCAACAUGCAACAGUCCUCUCUACAUAUGACAUCGUCAUCACCACCUAUAGCCUUCUGGCCAAGGAGAUCCCCACAAAGAAGCAAGAGGGAGAGGUCCCAGGCACAAACCUCAGUACGGAGGGUAUCUCAACACCGCUGCUUCGCAUAGUCUGGGCGCGAGUCAUCCUGGAUGAAGCUCACAACGUGAAGAACCCCCGAGUGCAGACUUCCAUCGCCGUGUGUAAGCUGCAGGCCCGUGCCCGUUGGGCUGUCACUGGGACCCCCAUCCAGAACAACCUGUUGGACAUGUAUUCACUGCUGAAAUUUCUCCGUUGUUCUCCAUUUGAUGAUUUCAAUCUGUGGAAGAGCCAGGUUGACAAUGGUUCAAAGAAAGGAGGUGAAAGGUUAAGUAUUUUAAUCAAGAGCCUUUUGCUACGGAGAACAAAAGACCAGCUGGACUCCACCGGCAAGCCCUUGGUGAUGCUGCCCCAGCGGAAAUUUCAGUUGCACCAUUUAAAGCUUUCUGAAGAUGAAGAGACUGUUUACAGUGUCCUUUUUGCAAGAUCAAGGUCAGCUCUACAUUCCUAUCUAAAAAGACAAGAAAGCGGGGGUAACCGAUCUGGACGAAGCCCUGAUAAUCCAUUCAGUGGAGUACCUCAGGAGUUUGGGUCCAGCGGGCCUGGAUGCCCCGUGGCCGCAGACUCACAGCCCUCCAGCACUGUCCACAUAUUGUCGCUGUUGCUGAGGCUCCGCCAGUGUUGCUGUCAUCUUUCCUUGCUGAAGUCGGCCCUGGACCCGACAGAACUGAAGAGCGAGGGCCUGCUCCUUUCCCUGGAGGAGCAGCUCGGUACUCUGACCUUGUCCGAGCCCCAGCCCUCAGAGCCGGCUUCCACCGUCUCCCUUAAUGGCGAGUGCUUCAACACGGAGCUUUUUGAAGACACGAGAGAGAGCACCAAGAUUUCAUCUCUGUUGGCAGAAUUGGAGGCAAUCCACCGAAAUUCAGGGUCCCAAAAGAGUGUCAUCGUCUCUCAGUGGACCAGCAUGCUAAAGGUUGUCGCGUUGCACCUGAGGAGGCACAGGCUGACUUUCACCACCAUCGACGGCUCUGUCAGCCCCAGACAGAGGAUAGACUUGGUGGAGGCAUUUAACAGCUCCAGAGGCCCGCAGGUUAUGCUAAUCUCUCUUUUGGCUGGAGGUGUUGGUUUAAGUCUAACAGGAGGAAACCAUCUUUUUCUUCUGGACAUGCACUGGAAUCCCUCACUGGAAGAUCAAGCUUGUGACCGAAUUUACCGAGUAGGACAGCAGAAAGAUGUUAUCAUACACAAAUUCGUUUGUGAGGGAACAGUAGAAGAGAAGAUCUUGCAGCUCCAAAAAAGGAAGAGAAAUUUGGCCAAACAGAUUCUAUCAGGAUCUGGAGAAUCUGUCACCAAGCUCACACUGGCUGACCUCAAAGUCCUUUUCGGCAUCUAACCUCCCGUUUAUGGAGCUCAGAGCGGUGCCCCUCUUGGUUGGUACCAGGACAUGGUCCUCUGAGCCCUCCUUGGCAUCCCAUUCACCACCAGGCCUUACGCCCUCCUCACAAUAAGGCUUAUUCUUAUUUCCAGAAUUGAGGAUCUGUUAUGUUAACCAGCUGCUCAAUCAGUCGUGUUAUUCAGCUUAAUGAGUGACAUAC